GUCAAACUAGAAUUAGGAUUUUUAAAUAGACAGUUCACUAGAAAAAAUUACCAUGAUGGAAAGGUCCCGCGUUGGCACUUACACUUCUUUCGCAGCUAGCAAUUUGACAACUAAAUUGUAUGACUUAUGCAUUUCAAAAUCCUCGGGAAGAGUGUUUAUUUAGAAAUUUUUCAUGAUGUUAUUUUCAUAAUGUUUAUUAUAAGCUAAUUGCUUGCUGGGUACGCUUGCGAUUAGCAAGUGUUAUCAAACUAGAAGAUAGACUUUUUUCUAGUUAAUAACUCACUUCUUUUCAAUUCUCUUCUUGUCUGCUCUGAAAAUCUUCCAGGUUGCUUCCCACUUGACCUGGAGGUAAAGCAGUUGCCGUUGUACCCUAAGGUCUAGGGUUCGAGUCGCGGCCGGAGCUUGUUUUUUUUCAGUAUCAAGGAAAUUGAAAAAAAAAGUUCCGAGAAAAAUGAAGUGAUGGUUUUUCGUUUGCCGCAACGGAUUUUGCUUGUACUGUAGACAAUUUUAAGUGAAGUUACAGAUGCGAGUGUUGUUCAUUCUAAUUUCAGGGGGCUGACUUGAAAGAUAAAAAAAAAAUUUUUUUCAGCCUUCAUGGUAUCGGCUUAUGUUUUUUGGGCUUAGUGAUCUUUAAAGAGAAAAAUUAUUUUUGUGCCCCGCUUUGGAAAUACGCAAAAAAGUACAACUCUUAGAGUUUCAGAGCUUUUUUUCAUGACACAAUUUGUUUUCGGCUGAACAGGAGUUUUCCCAGUUUUUUUCCUUCGUGGCAGCUCGCUUAAUUUUUGUGAGUACUCGUUUCACGCUGGUGAUAAAAGUCAAACUGAGUAUCAGUCGAGAAAAAAUGUGAAUUGUGGAAAACAGAAUGAGCAUAAUGAGGAAUGGCAAGUUUAUGCUCAGUUCAUAAUGGAUUCAAUUUUUUUUGCAAGUACAUUAUCAUACCAGACAGUUUUUUUGUUGUUGUUUUUUAAAUAUUUUUGUUCUCAUUUUUUGUUGGCUAUCGUUUUCUUUCCUGCUUCUGCUAGCUUGCAAGCUCUGAUUGGCCUCCUUUUAUUUUUUCGAACCCUUGGCUUUUGUUUCUAUAUUUUGUCUGCUAACUUGCAUUGCUAUAUUUGUGUGCUUUGUAAUUUUUUAGUGUGCGCGAAAUUAGUUAUACUAGCUUUCAACAGAUAUUCCUAUGUUAAGCUCAAAUAAUGGCUCAUAAACUGCUAUUCACCUCUAAGUAAAUGUAUGAGAAACGGUUGAACAAAAAACUAUAAUGAAAAAGACCUAACGGUAGAAGUGCAAGAAGCAGAAAUGGUUCCUAUCGUGUGGAUUCUGAUUGUUAUACAAGAAAAAAAAUGCGAUUCUUCUUUUUUUCUAACCUAACUCGCAAAUAAAAGUUCCUUUUUUGGUGGCUUUUUUUUGCUAUAAUCACUAUCUGUAGCAUUGGAAAUUUCAUAGCAUUUGUUCUCUGAUUUAUUUGUUCUCUGUGUUUUUGAGUAAUUAAGCGUCCGUGGCUUAGUGGUUAGUGCGUGAGACUUAUAUUUUGUAGGUCGAAGAUGGAAUCCGAGACUAGCCGAUACUUUUUUUAUUUAUUAGGCUUACUUCUACUUUUUAUUGAACUUUAUAGAACUGAUUUUUGUCGUGUUCUCGUUAAUGUUUGCGAAGCGCAGCUUUGCCUCUGUGUCCAUAAUUCGUAAGUCAUUUGUUCGCUAGCGGGCUAGGGAACUUCAAGAAAACAUUUGAACCUUUAUGUACUGACUCUGGACACCAUAUUUGCUUUUUUCUAACGAAUUAAGGCAUGAAACACUGGCAUGAUUCUGGACGGAGUAGUUUUUCUCUAACUAAAUAAGGUAUUAUCAAAAUCGUGUUGAUUAUGCGCACUAAAAAGUUCCCUUUCUAGUAUCUCGAGGCUUUGUUUCGCCUUAAAAAAGCAAAUUUUUGUCCGAAGAGAUCAAUACACGUGCUCUUUGUUCCCGAUGAAGAAACUGGAGGGCAAAAAGGAAUGGUUUCUUUUUCGAAAACUGAUAUUUUCAAGUCUUGGAAUGUGGGGUUUGUCCUGGAUGAAGGCUUAGCUAAUCCUGGACACGAGUUCCUGGUAUUCAACGGCGAGCGUUCUAUUCGCACUCUUUUCAUCCAUUUCAAAGGGAACGCUGGUCAUGGCUCGCGCUUCAUAAAAAAUUCGGUCGGUGAGAAGGUCACUAAAUUUCUUCAAACCGUGUACGAGUACCGACGGCAGCAGGAGUUGAAUCUAGAAGCAGGUGGAUCUUGUAUUUCUCUUGGGGAAGUCAGCACUUGUAAUUUAACUGGAGCUCACGGAGGCAUAGCGUAUAAUGUCGUACCAGCUGAAUUUGAAUUGACGGUUGAUUUCCGAUUGGCGACUGAUGUUGAAAUCUCUGAUUUUGAAGCUAUGUUAGAUGAUUGGGUGAAGCAGAGUGGAGAUGAUGUUUGUUGGCGAUACAGGACGCCAAAUGCAGUGUUAAAGGAGCACUCGAAAUCGGAGUUGAAUGCUGACACGAAUCCUUUUUGGAGAUCGUUUAUCUCAGCUUGUGACAAACUUGAAAUUGAGACUAAGGUUCGAAUUUUUCCGGCGGCUGCUGAUAGCAGACAUCUGCGUCAUAUGGGCUACGAUUGUAUUGGUUUUUCACCGAUUAACAACACUCCAGUACUGUUGCACGAUCACGAUGAGUUUUUGAACAAAGACGUGUAUUUAAGAGGGAUCGAAAUUUACGAGGAAAUCAUCAAAUCGUUGUCGUCAUGUUGAAUAUCCUUUUCUAAAGUCAACGUUUCACCUGAAUAGCUGGAAUCUUUAAAAGCAACUAGAUGAAAUGUGUACGAUGUAAAUAAGUUGUCUCGUUGAAUUUGAUGUUAUACUUGUUGAUUUUCUUUUUCACUGGCUAUAUCUUGUUGUUUCGAUCAAGCUUUGUAUUCCUUUA